AUGAAACUGGAAGAUCUCAUUCAUCGCUACGUACCUAGCCACGAGCUACCCGAGGUCAGUAGCGCAUUUCUAUUCUCUUCUGCGCACGCUCUUACUAAAAUGUUGAUUAUUCAGGAUACAGCACUCAUUGACGAACCGCCCCAAUUCCAGGUCACUGGCUAUCGUUGCAGGGUCGCCGGCCCCGAAGGCUUUCCAUUCGAAUAUUUCCGUCUUGUUCACACAUUCGAUGUGCCCCAGUUCACCAUACGAGUUGGGCUGUUUAUGUUUCAUCCGGCAUCUCGCCCACCUUUCCCUUACACUGGCGAUUCAUGUUGGACUAUGCCUACCGAGGGAGUAAAGGAAUUCAUGAGCGCCAAUUCUGAGUUGCCAAUGGUUGUGUUCGGUGAUCAAGAGAUGCCUCACAUGGUUUUGUGCGGGCUGCUGUGCGACCCCAAGAGCGAGGAACCCAAAUUUGCUCUUACGGCCGAGGGUUAUCCAAUCCUUCGGCUAUUCACUGUUGCUGCUGACAAGAACGGUCGAAUGUUUCACCCUGAUACACAUCUGAAGCAUGGUAUUCAGUAUGAGGGCGUUGAGAUUUACUCUUGGGGAGACGUCACGUUUCUUCUGAAUGUUUGCGACGAGGUAACGGAUGAUUCUGUUACCCAUGCAUCUAUCUACAAGGCCAUAUACAGGCGAUUGCGCAAAAUUGCCAACAGCGCGUGCCUCCAGACCCGCUUGGCAGUCUCCACUGGACAGACGUCAGGUAGCGUACUUAAGCGCUAG